GCGACGGGGUACGCCCUCCAGACGGGGGCGAUUAUUCCCGAGAAUAUUCCGUGGCCGUGCCCCGCCCGGUCGCUGUCGUCGUCUACCGGCGGUGAUAUUUGCAUGGUUGAGGAGAAUCGAGCGUCCAUGGAAGCCAAUCUCGGCUGUGAAUCGUUGGUCUAGGCCCUGCGAGUGGUCCCGCUUAUUUAUGAUAAUGUGUUUGAUUGAGCCGGCGAAGACACCUCCGACUCUGCGCUGCCCCUCUAAGAAACUCAAAAUCAGUGCCAUUUGAACGCCACAUUCUCUUCACUGCUAAUUAGGUCUGGUCCAUUCUGCGUCGUCAUCCGGUGAAUUGAUGUUCAGAUAUUUGCAGCUGAGAAGUGUAUAGAUCUGGUUGAUGUUCAAAAAAUGCACAAGCUUGCGCAACUGUGGUUUUCAGCAAUAGAGCCUUUUGAAACAAACCAUUAGACUGUGAUACACAGCGUGAUGGAUCAGGCUGGUAGUAAUAAUGUGCAAAACAAUGCGAAUUUGUUCUCUAAGCAGCGGCUUCGAUGGACGAACGAGCUUCAUGAACAAUUUGUUGGUGCUGUGGCACAACUCGGCGGACCAGACAGAGCUACACCUAAAGGUGUCCUCAGAGUUAUGGGAGUCCAAGGCUUAACUAUCUACCAUGUCAAAAGCCAUUUGCAGAAGUACAGGCUUGCCAAGUAUGCUCCCGACUCUUCAUCCGAUGGUACAGUGGGUGUGAAAAAAGAAUUUGAAGGCCUACUUGCUAACUUGGAUGGUUCACCUGGGAUGUGCAUAACUGAGGCCCUCAAGUUGCAGAUGGAGGUUCAAAAGCGACUGCAAGAGCAACUCGAGGUGCAGAGGCAACUGCAGCUCCGGAUAGAGGCCCAGGGGAAAUACUUGCAAAAGAUGAUCGAAGAGCAACAGCGCCUGAAUGGAGUUCUUUCAGAACCACCAGGACCGGGAAUCUCUGCUGCUGUCGCCGAGGGAACUAAUCCAGAAUCCGGUAAUAAACCUGAACCACCCACCCCUGCCCCAGCUUCGGAAGCACCCUUUCUAAACACACCAGCCAAAGAACAUCCUUCUGCUAAGAGUGCUUCCGUAGAGGAAUCUUUCACGUCCCAUCAUGAGCCACCAACCCCUGAUUCUAGUUGGCAUCUAACUUCAUCAGUCGAUUGUGCAACUGGUGGGAGUUCCAAACGAAGUUUAGCAGUUGUAACUCAGAGGUAGGUAGUAGCUGAUCAGUUGUUGUUCGAGCCCAGGGAGUCGAGCUCAAGUCCCUCCCUGGACUCAACAACGACAACCUCUUCAGUUUCCUUGACUAGGAUGGUAGUUUGGCUGUGCACAACUAUUUGUUAGUUACUACAGCUACAGGUUUAGUGACAAGCGUAGAACACUGCUUGUGUGUUUGUAGGUUGUCACAGUGCAUUUACCUUGAAUAACUUCAAAUGUAUUUGGCCGUUUACAGAAUGGUUUCAA